UGAUUACUCCAUCACAUUGGAGAGUUCGCCGGAAACUGCAAUAGUCACCGGAAAACCAUGCGGGGCGCUUCUGGUGGUGGCCCGUGCUGUUGCAAGUUCAUACUCACUUCAGGCCUAACAGCUCUGUUUUUGUGGCUAAGCCUGAGUCAUUCAAAUCCCCAGUGUUCAAUCCGGGAAUUCUACAUUCCUGCCCUUAACAAAACCUUAAACUCCACAAAAAACACCACCCUCUACUUUGAGCUCAAACUAUCUAAUCCCAACAAAGAAAAAGGCAUCUACUAUGAUCCCCUGAAUUUGACAUUCUUUGAUAGUACUAACAGGAGUCACGCCUUGGGGAGAACUAUUGUUUAUGGGUUUUAUCAGGGUCACCAGAAGAAGGCCUUGAAGAGCGGCAAUAUUGACUUUGGGGAGGCGGUUUUCCGGGCUGUUUCGAGUAAUGGGUCGGCGGUUUUCCGGGUGGAUAUGGUGACUAAAGUUAGGUUUAAGCUCAUGAUUUGGUUUAAAACCAAGAGGAAGACGAUCUGGGUUGGGGCUGAUGUUCAAGUCAAUGACCAAGGGAGUAAAGUUAAUCCCAAAGAUGUCAAGCUCAAGUCCAUGGCACCAGUUAUUGAAGGGAAAUUGAGGAUUUUGGUAAAUUUAUUUGCUUUGAUUUUGCUAAACUUGUGAAGUUUUGUUUGAUGUUGUUGUUUUGAGUAUGUGUUUAGGUUGUGCAAUGAUUCUUUCUAGUUUUCCUGACAAAUUGGAGGGGAAUUUGUAUGCAAGAAAAUGAGAUGAUGAAGUUCUAGAAAUGCAAAUCAUGAUUAAUCAUAGUUGCUUUCCAUUUUUCA